CUCUCACGUAACCACUUCCCUUCAUUUCUCUCUACAGACUCUCAUUAGAUGAUCAGAGGGGUUGUAAAAUGCACAAGUUAGUGUAACAGCUUCAUCUCUUUCUAAUUAUAUUAGAUUUCUUAUCAUGGAUGUUUUUCAUCCCUGGAUUCUUCACCUGAAUCUGUUUGUCAUCUUUACUUUACUGACUUAUGCAGAUCACUCCAAAACAAGUGUGGCAAGAAUUCAGCAUCAAAUUAAUCAAACAGCCGUUGUGGGGGACACAGUAACACUUUACUGUAACGAUACAGAACAUUAUAAUACUAUUCUGCAAUCUGAUGUUAUAACAUGGAAAAGAAACAACAUCGUUAUUUUUGCUCAAGCCUCAUUCUCUAACAAAACUAUAAAUGACACCAAAACUAUGACAAACUUUACCUCAGACAGGAUGUAUAUUAAUCCAGCAGUUCCAAAGGAAUUGAAAAUAAAUCAAAUACAAGCAUCAGAUGCAGGAAACUAUUCAUGUCACAUUUCUAUGACAGCAAUAGGGUGGAUAUUAACAGUAGCAGUUUCAGAAAACAGAUCAGGGUCUCUUAAACAGAUAUCAUACCUCUACAUUAUCAUCCCAUGUACUGCAGUUCUUAUCAUCUGUCUGAUCAUCAGUCUCAGUAUCUGGAUUCACAGGACAUGGAAAAUCAAAAGAGAUGCAGGUCGGAGAGAAACAGGGCAGGACUUCUCACAGACACCGGCCAGAGGAGGAGUACAAACUCAAAACAAUCAGUACUUUGAGAGAUACAACUCAUUGUAUGGACAAGUAUGACACUGAAGAUCCAUUCGUUCUCCAAUUCUUUCCUGGCUGCCAAACCUCUCUGCACAACUGUAAUCCAUGCUUGUCAUGUCCCUUCAUCUUUAGCAAACCAAAACAUUUUAUUUUCAAUGAGGUAUUUGAUUCAGAGAUCAGUUUAGCCACUUGCCAAACUUUGGUUCAAUACACGUGCUUCAGAUUAAACAUCUAUAAUCAAAACAACAAAGCCAGUUUUUCUACAACUAAGUUUAUACAAUUUUGUGGUUUAUAGACCAGGGUAUAUUGUAGUAAUAAACCUACCUCAUCGUCCAUCUAAACAAAAUUAUUGAUGCUUUCGGCGUCUUGUUUGUAUUUAUAUUUAUGUAGGAGAAUGUUUAUGUGCGCAGGCUUGUAGUGUUUCUUUACAAAGUUGCAUCGCCAUCUACUGGCCUGGCACACAUAAUACAGCGUUUUAGUUGUGUAAUCUGUGCAGGUUUUUUGACAGCAUUGUCGUGUGUACAUCAAAUUUUUCAUAACACAAAGGAAAACUUUUCUGUUUUUUACUACAUCAGUGUCAUGGAAACGUAAAAGCACUCAUAACAGCAUUAUUUUCUUAAAGGUGACCCUGCCUGUGAAAACCCAGCUAACAUUAUUUAUUUGUGAUUUACUGUUUUCUACAUAAAAUCAUAAUGUAAAGAUCAUUCUGUGAAAAUAUAACCUUGAUAUCUUUAAUAUUGACUGAGUAAGGCCAUGUUAAAGAUUAAAAUCAAUGAUUAAAAUCAAACUCUGAUGCUUCUUAUCUUGUUAAGGGGAUUUCACAGACAUUAGCAGAAAUGUGAUAACAAAUGAUAACAUAAGCAGAUAAAUGCAGUAAAGAUUUAAAUUUAACACAAAAGAAUAAAGUCAAUGUGUUUAAAAUGAUGUGCAAUAUAAACCAUCCUUCAUUCAAAUGCAUGUACAUUUUAUAUCCAGAUUUCAUUUAAUGCAGUU